GAAGAGGAACCUUUGACUAAAAACGGGUUAACCAGUCAAAAAGGGGUUGUUUGACGGAAAAAAGGUGUAUAAAUGGAAUAAAAAUUUUUCUUGCUUAUGACCAACCCUUAGAAAAACCGCCUAUCAAGUCGGUAGUUGAGUAACGUUUUUUAGUAUUGAUUGAAAUAAAACAAAAGAAUAAUAGCAUAAGAAUGUAUGAUACAUGACUACAUAUGAACCAUAUAUUUAUCAGAUACUUGGACGGUGAAGCAGCAGAAGCCCUACCCCCACUUCGCCACGGUAUCGACAACACACCUUGAGCAUAUUGUUCUCUCCCCCUGUACAGAAGAACCCCAGCCUGUAACGGUUUUCAGUCAUCUGCCGAUUUUAAAAGCGGUCGCAGUGCGCUGUAUCUAUCGUGAUGAGUCGUCCGGGAUAUCCUGUCGCAUGUCUUUUCAGGGACGCCCCGCCUUCAUUAGAAGGGCCCUUGAAGAAAAAAACCCGUUCUUCGAAUCUAGCUCUCAAGAGUGAGUAAAAAAAAGAGUUCAAGAGGCAUUUCUUCCGGGGGCCUUUGUUUGUUCCGGUAAUUAAGAACUAGUGGGAGGAUCACUUGAAUAAAUAAAAAAAGGAUUAUCAGUACGGCUUUUCGACUUAUUGGUUAUUAUCCGGAUCUCCAGGCGGCACGAGUGAUCCGUCCCGUUCGACUCAAAUAUGAAGAACAGGAAAGAAGCCGGAUAUAAACAAUUGAGCCCGGAAAACACCGGUUUUAAAAGGAUGGAUCGCAGCUUGUCCUUUAGGGCUUCGUUACGGAGAAUGAGCUGCAGAAUCGGAAGUCGACAGACAGGUGAAAUGGGUGGGGGAGCUUCACAUUUACGACAGGUGGAUGAAGAACGUUACCGACCGGAUGCGAGUAGGGCCAGGCUUCCAGUGGUAAGCCUGUACGCCGGUCGGGAGGACAUGCGAUUCCUCAGGAGGAAAACCUCGGUUAGAGAGAGCAAAGUGCGAGUUAUAAAACAUAGUCCGUCUUCGGCGUUAUCGCCCAAUUCUAGGAUACGCGUCGACCGUCUUGUUCGUAAGCUCGGGCCUGAAGCGUUCGAGGCGGCCGAGUGCGGCGUAAGGAAAAGUGCGGCGGAAGUGAAAAAAAGUGCCAAAUCCAAGGAAGUGGACCAAGAAAACGCCGAUAGUACGAAAAGGGAUUUUCCGAGGAAGUACAGAGUGAGGAAGUCUCUCGAAGCGAUUCCCUUAUCGGAUCCACCGAAAAGGAGGAAAUCGUUGGGAAACCUCCUGGAAGGAGAGGAAACCGAAGAAAGUCCGAUUAAGAGUAAUGUGGAGACAAACCGUGGUAUGGAACAAGGGCGAGUGGAGAGACAGAAAAAGAUACCGCCGAUCGAUAUUCACCUCACAGCAUUGUUUGCCGCCGUCGAACAUGGCCACGUUGACAAAGCAAAGACUAUUCUCGAAUCAACAGACGUCGAUGUCAACGGGGUGAACAGCGAUGGACUUUCACCUCUGGACAUAGCUGUUCUUAGCAAUAAUAAAACACUUAUUAAAAUGCUUAUUGCUUUUGGUGCUCAAGAAGGAAACGAAUUCUCAAGCGGUGAAAGUUUACUCUGUCAUCUACGCAAGUUGAGCUGCGAAGCUGACCAGAGGAUCUGCGAACUGGCCGGCCAAGACACGAGGAACCAAAGCCUUUGGCAAAGGCGUUCCAAAGGGCUGGCAAACAUGAUAAUGGGCUUUACGCAAGCAAGACCACCGGAUAUACCAUCUCUGGCCGCCGUGGACGUUACCGGUAGCCACAUGGUCAACGUCAGGUACCAGGAGCCUGAAAGCCCUGAUUCUCCCCCGUGCACAAAGUACAAAAUUGAAUGGAGUCAGGAUGAUGAAUUUAAAAGCUUGUGCGGAUAUCGAAUCAUUCUUGAUCCAAAACAGCAGGACUGUCACAUUGACGAGUUGAACCAUGGUCAACGAUACUAUUUCAGGGUGUGUUGUGGGAAUGUGAAAGGUUGGGGUCAUCCUCGUCCUUCGACUCCUCAGUCUGUCGUACCUUCGAGUUGGAGGGAUGUUGUGAAAAGAGAUGAUAGGAUGUGUGCUGAAGGGAUAGCCCAGUUGGACAAGCUCUUCAGGGAAGUGCGGACAGGACGGCCAGACAUUAAAGCCCUGCAAGAUGCCGCAGUUGGUGAAAGGCGGAAAAAAACCACAAUUAAACAGUUGUUCACAGCUGCUUCUAAAUUUCAAAAACACUUAAGACGAGGAGUUUAUCUUUCUUGCUUGUUCUACCAUGAGGACAAGGUGCUUGUUACAAAUGAAGAUUUUUUGCCAGUUAUUGAGGUCGAUGAAACUUAUCCAGGGUCCAUUUAUCAUGAUUUUCACUGGCUUUUAAAAGUCUCGUGUACUUGGGACGAUGUCAAAUGGCUGAGGCAAGACAUGGAAAAAUCAUUAAGCUCACCUGCCAUACAUUUUAGAAUAAAACUGCUCCAGGCCGCGGCACAAAUGCAGACUGCUCUCAGUGUUCAGGAUCUAGGCCAACUUUACCACAAGCCGUUACGGGAUACAGAGGGCACGAUAGUUAUAAGUACAGUAAAUUACAUUCGAUCUCCUAAAAGUGUUUCUGUUCUCAAUUCGAGAUGGGUUCCACUUGGCAAGCUUACAAAGCGUACUCUUAAUUUAGCGACAGAAGCUCCUCUUGGGGACAUACUUAUGUCUUCCAUAUCUGACCAAAUUACCUAUCACCAAGUCAGUAGCAUAAGACUUCCAAGAGGUCUUUACUUAGGUUACCUAAAAAUGAGAAGUUCCGUUGAUCUCCUUCAAGUAUUGGUUCCUGCAAAAGCCCCCAAUGUACCUCCACAUUGUAAAAUUAGGGACAAUCCUCAUAUCACUGCAGAGGAAUGGGAAUGCCUUACCAGCAAAAAUGGCUCUACUGAUUCAUUGCACCCAGAAACCGAACAGCAAAAAACUUUUGUGGAGCAGGUUGCUGCGACUAUCAACCGUCUUUUGACAUACAUGCAAGUGUCAGAAGAUCAGUCUCAGAACCAUAGAUUGUACGAUGCAGAAGUCGUCGAAGUGAGCAACGAAGUCAGCCUGUUAAUUGUGGUGCCUCCACCUGAAGCGGCCUGUUCAGCCCCUGGGCAAGGAGAAAUUCUACUUCAACGCCCUGAUCUCAUCCCUUUACCCGUACAGGUUUUCGAAAUGGUACAUUUGGGUACCUACCAUAAACAGCUGGUUGCUCGUUAUUCAAGAUUAAGCUGCAUAAUCGAAUUGGACACUGCUCUGGCUCAACAUAGCCAUAGAGAGGCAUUUUCAAGUUCUGAAGUCAGCGCAGCAAAAGAAAGACUCUCAAGGCUCGAAGCGCUUCAAACCCAGCUUAACGCAGCUUGGAAGCAAGCACGGUGGUUGUUAGAUGUUUUAGCAUUUGCGAGAGAUAAAGUCAGCCAAACACCGACCAACAUCAUCCGCCAUCUGUUGGCUCUGCAUCCUAAAAGAUCUCAUGAGAGCAUCACUUCUCACAACGGGCUGUUACUUCCACCAGAAACAAAAAAUGUCAAAUCAAGAGGAUCAUGGCCAGGACCUGGUGUUACAAGGUUGUUAUGCGCUGCCACUGCAGAACUUUCACGGAGUGAGCACCAACUAAGUUCAGCUGGAUCGAGCACUCCACCACCUGUACAGAGAGCUCAACCACCUCCUAUCAUCCAACCGGUUUCUCCACCUGCUGUGCUGCUGGAACAGCCGAGGCUUCCGCCUUCAAAGUCUGAAGACACUUUAGCACUUCAUACACGCGUCAUGGCUGCCCAUUCGCGAAAUAGGACUAGUAGUUCGGCUGCCACUUCGCCCUCUCUUUCUGUCCGACAAAGCUAUGGGAGUGGAAGUUUGUAUUCAUUGUCUUCUGACGACUCUGGUGUGAAUGUGAGCAAGAGCAAAAGUGAAGGGGAAGAAGGUACAACUGUACCAGCACCAUCACCAGGUAUUUUACAGGUAUAUGCAGCUUAUGAAACUGGACUGGCAUCUGGUACUAGUUUAAAGCUUCAUGUAAGCCCAAGAACUACUGCUCGGGAAGUUGUUGAUCUCGUAGUUAAACAAUUAAACAUGGCUGUUGUCCUUAAAGGAAAAGAUGGGCCUAUUUACCCAGCAGAACAGUUGCAUAAUUUUUGUCUUGUCGCUGUGAUCGGUGCUCGGGAGAGGUGUCUAAGAGAUGACUUUAAACCUCUGCAACUGCAGAACCCAUGGAAAAAGGGCAGGCUGUACGUCAGGCAGAAGCAUGACGUAUUGGCAGCUCUGGAACAGAGCUCAAGACAUUCGGCAUACUUAUAGUCCGAACUGACACCUUGAACUUUUCCUUGAGACUGCCCAAUUCAUCUCAUUAAUUAAAAUGAAAGUAUAAGACUGUUUAAAUAAAGAUGAAAAAUUAGUCAACAGUUCUGAAGACGAAGACAGUAUUACUAAUAAAUCUAAAAAGGGCUGAACUUCAAAUGUGAGUUCGAAUUUUUAAAAAUUGUAUAAACAUUCACAUUAAUACUAAAUAGUAAAAUCAUUUGGAGAGAAGUAUGUAUGUGCGUGCGUCAAAAUGAAAAAGGCUUUUUACCAAGCCCACAAGUAUCGGUUUACCAAAUUUGUGAACUACAUCUUGCGAUCUAACCGUCCAAAUGAUUCAUUUUUCCAAAAGAAUAUGCAAGUUUGAAGAUCUCUUGGCAAUUACCAGAAAGCUACUGAGUUUUGGGCUAGGCCAUUUAGAUUGUAAAUUUUAAUUAUCUUCUGAUUAAAAGAAAAAUUAGUAUAUUAAUAGUCGAAUAACUUAUUUGAUAGAUAAUAUAAUAUAUAUUUAUGUAGUUUCACUAUUGGCUGUUAUAUUAGGAGGUAAGUUACUGGUAAAAGUAUUGUGAUGUCAAACCAUCAAAUAUGCUGCAAACAAAGUUUAGUUUUAAAACAAAAAGAUGUGUUAUUUUGAGUGCAAUACAUUUGCAAUGUGUAAUUAUUUUUAAUUGUACAUAGAAUUAUUUUUUCUAUAGUAUAUAUAAAAAAGAAAGCAAGAGAAAGAAAGAAAUGAAAAGAAUUAUUAAAAUUAAAUGCUGUGCAUAUCUUUAUUCAUUAAAUAAGAUUUAUUUGAACUAAUUCAUAUUCAAAUGGACCACUUGAAAAUAAACAAAUUGUGAGAUUUGCUUUUUUUUCAAAUUUAUGUUUUAAAAAAUCAUCA